UGUCACUUUAAAAAAUGCUUUCAUGUAGUUAACAUGUAAUAUUUUUAGGGACUUUAUAAAGGAUACAUAGUAUAAUUUACUCUGAUUUUUUUUCUUAACUGGCCGUCAUGGAAGAGCCAGACCCUACCUUAAUGGAACUCAUAGUAUGUUUUGCUCAUCUUAAUUUCCUCAUUGGCUUUAAACGGCAUCUGUAGCCAUUAGUAAUUUUUGUUGACUGAAUUCAAUAGGUGUAUGAAUUGAAUAGUAGUUCCAUAAACUUUGGAAAAGUGAUUGCUUAUAUCAAGUUCUGUUAGAAGUUUGAGCAUUUUUAUCAGGAAUAGUUAGCCUAAAGAUAACUCAUCCUAUGGCUGAUUUAUGUUGAUGUGUGGCAGACACCAGCACAACAUUGUUAAGCAAUUAUCCUCUAAUUAAAAAUAAAUUUAAAAGAAAGAAAUAGCCAUUUACUUAAAAAAAGUUAUAUUUGCUGUUAAAGAUGUAGAUCUGACCAUAUGUAUUUGUCUUUUCUUCUAGUUGGAGACAACAUUAAAAUCCUAUUAAGGAUAAAAGAGAAUAAACCUUUAACAUUGAAAGGAUGAUAGAGUACCCUCAGUAGAUGAGAGAUUAUUAAUACAACACAUUUCUGAAACAGGAAAGGGAAAUGAUGCAUGGAACAGAUUAGAACAAAGAGAACUAUGUCACAAAAUUCUCAGGAGGGAAAGAAGUAUUCUGAUGUAUCCUGCAGAUUCUCAGAGAAUCUUAGGAUUUAAAAAGAAAGGAAAAAUUUUAAAUGGGAAGAAAGAAUAAUUGAAAAACUAUGAAUGAAAUAGUUGUGUCUCCUUUACCACCCAAGCCGGUGCACAUCAACCGUCAGUGUGAUUCUCUCUGCCCUUCACCCCUUCCUCUACUUCCCAUUAAAAAAUAGAUGUAAUUUCUUCUGGAAAUGAAAGCAAAGAUGACACUUAAAAAGUAGAGUUGUCAUGGUGGACAUUUGUGUUUGGAGAGAAUCCCUUCUCUUUGCUAACUCUCAGUGAGUCCCCCAUAUAGUGCUGAUUCUUUGCUGCUCAUCCUGCAGCAACAUGUGCUUGUCAGGAGGCCAUGCUCAUGUGCAGUUUUGUUCAUCCUUUUUCUUCUUUCCUAUGGGUGACCAAAAGCUCAAAGAAAUUAGCAGUAUUUAAAAAGCCUAGGCUAAACAAAGUGAAAAACUGUAGCUAAGUGAAACAGAUAAUUUCUGCAUCAGAAGAGAUCUUAAACAAAAUGUCUAUUUAGAGUGUUCUCAGGGGAAGAAAACGUAUUGCCUCAUUAAAGCAAGAAUAGAAUAAUUGUUUUAAAAAAAUCAGAAGAAAGAGUUCUUAGAAAAUAAGAUUUUUGCACAAAUUAAAAAAUCCUGGAUGGUUUUGAAGAUAAAGUGAGUAAAUGUCUUUGAAAAUAGAACAAAAAGACAAAGUCUGUUAUUUAACCAGUAGAAGUUUAAAAGAGUAAAGGGAGAGUCAAUUAUCAAAAAUGUAACCUAAGCACAAUAAGGAAGAGGGGAAGGAAAGGGCAACACAAUGAAAAAAAAACCUCACACCUGUGUGUUCAUUUUUGUGACAUUUCAGUAUAGCAAGAGGGAAAUUCCUAAAGGCAACUAAGGAGUUUUGUUUUUUCUUUAAAGAGUACUUAUAAAGAAUGAGAAUCAGGUGGACAAAACUAGAGUAUAAACUCCGUAAGGCAGAGAUUUUUCAUUGUUUUUUUCAUUACUGUUGCAUAAUGAGAGCACAAGAAACAUAUGUUGAAUAAAAGAAUGACUGUCACAUCUCAUAAGCAGCUCUGAGGUUUUAAAGACAGUGGAGCGGUGUCUCCAAAGUUCUGAGAAAGAAUGACUUAGCAUUUGGAACCUAUGAAGACAAUCAGGUAUGAGGCAAAAUAAAGACACUCUCAGGCAUACAAAGACUCAGAGCUUUCACUUCAGGUGACCCUUCCUGAAGAAGUUACGUGAGAAUAUGGAGCAGUGAACACAAUCAAUGAAAACUAAUAAAAAUGACAUGGACUCCUAGAAAAGAGGAAAAAAGUGUAUCUUCUGGUUGCUAUUGUGAAUUGUGGACUAAAGGUACAUAGAGAAAACGGAUUGCACAGACUUGAAUAUUAUCCCCAGGAUCUGAAGACUCAAAAUUGCUCUUCAGGCUUAUUUUGGAUUUUUCUGAGAAGACUCUGUGAAAUUAUGUGAAUAGAGACUAUUUUUCAAAGCCAUGGGGGAAAGAGAAAGAAGUCCAGUUACUGAUCGAGAAAGUAAGACAAGCAGACCCUAUUACUCUUACUGUUCAUCUGAAUUUGGAACUACUCCACAGUCUUCUGGCCGGUCGUCGCUGGUGCAUCCCUCCCCACCUGCAAGUGUUAAGGAAAAACAUCCUAAGAAACAAAUUUCAGAUAGCCAAGUGCAUCAUCACGCCCCUAGGAAACCAAGCCCUAAGGGUUCACCAAACAGAAAGAGAGUCAGAGCAGGAUUUCGCUCCCAGAGCCUCAAUAGGGAGCCCCUUCGGAAAGAUCCUGAUCUUGUUACAAAACGGGUUCUUUCUGCAAGACUGCUAAAAAUCAAUGAAUUGCAGAAUGAAGUAACUGAACUCCAGGUCAAGAUAGCCGAGCUGCUAAAAGAAAAUAAGGCUUUGAAAAGGCUUCAGUACAGGCAGGAGAAAGCCCUGAAUAAGUUUGAAGACACAGAAAAUGAAAUCUCACAACUUAUUGCUCGUCAUAACAAUGAGAUUACAGCACUCAAAGACCGCUUAAGAAAAUCUCAAGAGAAAGAACGGGCAACUGAAAAAAGGGUGAGAGAGACAGAAGGUGAACUGCUUAGGACAAAAGUUUCCUUACAGAAACUGAAAACGAUCUCUGAAGCUAAACACCUACCUGAACGAGAUGAUUUAGCAAAGAAACUCUCUUCUGCAGAGUUAAAAUUAGAUGACACUGAGAGAAGAAUUAAGGAAUUAUCAAGAAACCUUGAGCUAAGUAGUAACAGUUUCCAACGACAGUUGCUUGCUGAAAGGAAAAGGACAUGUGAGGCUCAUGAUGAAAAUAAACUUCUUCAAAAAGAACUACAAGGACUAUAUGACAAAUUAAAGGAAAAGGAGAGAGAACUGGACAUAAAAAACAUAUAUUCUAAUCGUCUGCCAAAGACUUCUCCAAAGAAAGAAAAAGAAUUUACAUCAAGAAAAAAUGCUGCAUGCCAGAGUGAUUUUACAAACCAGUGUACAAAAGGAGUACAAACCAGUGAAGACUUCAAGCUGGAGGACUAUCCUAUAACACCACAGACAGUUAUGUGUUAUGAAAACAAAAGGGAAGAACCCGAACGUCUUUCUUUGGAUCUGGAAUCUCAAAAGAGAGAUAAUCUUGGAGAAGCUGGGAUUCUAAACCCAACUGUGGAAAGAGAAGACAAAUUUGCUAAAGAUCAAGGACUCCAUGUUGUGAAACAGGAUGUUGAGAAGCUGGAUAAUGGGUGGGAAAGAGAAGAACUUGCUAAAAAGCCAAAGGAAAAGACAUCUUUGUUGGAGAGAGAAGGAAAGCCAGUGUUGGAAACUGGAAGAUAUCAAGUGGAAAUGCACCAAGUUCAGAAAAUUGAUAAACUGGAAGAAGAGGAAGAAGAAAGGCUAAAAGAAAUGCUACUUGCUAAACUGAAUGAAAUCAACAGAGAACAAGACUCUCAGAAUGUAAAAUAUCCUUCUCUGCCAUUGCUUCCUGACGUGAAGCCAAAACUGCAUUCCCCAGAGAGAAACCCCAGAACACACACGUCCUCUGGAUCCUCAGAGAGAUUAUUUAACGGGCAUUAUUUGCAAGACCUCAGUCUUUCAACAACGAAAGGAGAUGGUCAGAAUCCAGGCCAUACUCGAAGCCCAGCCUCUCCAGAUGAGCUUGUGUUUGGUAGCUAUGUGCCUUCAUUUGCAAAAACAUCAGCGAGGUCAAAUCCACUUAGCCAAAAAAGUGACCUUUUGGGUUUCUCAGGAAAUAAUACAGAGAAAUUUAGUAAAGACAGUGUAGAUUCAAUUACCAGACAAGAAAGAAAAGCCACCCUGAUGGAACAGCUGUUUGGUACCAGUGGUGGCAGCAGCCUUUCCUCUAAAAGCAGUGACCCAAAUUCUCUGGCUGUCACUAAAGAAGACUGUGACCCUCUAAAUUAUCUCCCUGGGGAUAAAAACAGCUGGGGUAGGGAACAUAGUGAUGAUGAUGACUUUUUCCUCAGCGAAGGAAGAAGUUUUAAUCCAAGUAGACACCGAUUAAGACAUGCAAACAGUAAACCAGCAGUAAAAGUAGUUGAUUCUGUAGAAGAUGAAAUUGAAGAAGUAGUGCUGAGAUGACUGACUAGAAUGUUUUUUUCCAAUUGUAAUUAUUAGGAUAUUUUAAUACAGUAUUUAUUAUGAACAUUUAGACUUUCUAAUAUUAAAAAGUCAUCAUUAACGGAUAAUUUUUAGUAUAUAAAUACAGUGAAAAGUAGCUGAUACCACUAGUAGCUACACACAUGUAGCUAGUUUGCUAAUAAGGAAGGAGGCUCUUUUGAAUGAAACCAGAAAUAGAGAUGUAUCUUACUUUCUUUGUGCAAAUAAAGAUGUAUCUCACUUCCUUUUUGCAAAUAGGUUUUACCUCUUGAAUCAACUCUAUGAGGAGUUUUACUCCAUUGGCAUACACAUUCAUUUUCUGUGUUAUCCCUAUUAUUUUUGGUCUUAUCCUCACUGAGCUAAGUACAGUUUUCCCGCUGAUGGUUGUGUGGAAAUGGAGAGAUGCUGUAGGGAGCUGGUGCUACUAGGAACCUCUCCACUGUGACUAGGAGUGAAGGGGGUCCCUUUCUUAUAUGCCAAGACUGAGCUACUCUUAAGUGGAAACAGUGACAACGUGAGAAUUUCCCAUUCUUCUGGAAGUAACCACAGUUAAAUGGUACUGAUUUCGCAGUGACAGAGUCUGAUUAUAUCACUUACCUACAGCUGUGCUAACUCAUUAGGCUGAAUUCCGAAGACGUCUUUCUGUUGGCAUGAACAGUGCCCUCCCUGUCCUGGCUUCCAGAGGUUCCAGUGCAGUGUAAUCGGUAAUUCCUCUCCUUGAACUCCUAAUGCUAUCUGUAUCUCAGUGACUGGUUGUGAGAGGUCAUACCAAAUGCACAGAAUGGAAGAAAUUUCACCCCACUAGAGCAGGAUUUUCAACUCAAUUAUGAUUCCAGAGUAACAUAACUUGGAAAUUUUAAUAUGUACUUUAAGAUUUGAACUUACUGUCAAACCAAAGAGACAAUGAUCACAUGAUACCAUUGGACUUAAGCGGACUAGUUUUAAAGCAGCCUUGGUGAAAAGUGUUUUACAGAUGGAGCUCCUCCCUUGCUGAGUAGGGUGGAAGAUGUUCUGUUGAAAAGUGUUAGUUUUUUUGCUGUUUCAUAGCUCACUUCAGCUCCAGAGAGGAGUCAGGGACCUUGGAUUAUGCUGGGCAUGAGUGGUCUCUAAGAAGCAGAAAUAUGCCAGUGGCCUAGGAGAAAACUCAGUGCAAAUGAAGAGUGGUGGGAACAGUGUAUCAGGGCAAGAAUAAGUGGUGAUUGGCACUUGUUCUGAAAUGAACUGUUGUUUUCUAGAAUUUGCUACAUAUUUGUUCAUAGUAGGAUUUCUGAUGCCAGGCAUACAUACUGAUCAGGGGAUUCGAGUUACUAUCUUGAGUUCUUAUAAAUGCUAAUUAUUGAAUAUAAUUUCAUAAUUAUCUGACAAGACUUACUGGUUAGGUCUCUAAUUACAAGAUGUACUACCUACAUCUUCUAAAUUGUGUUCCUGUUACCUACUAGGAACCGAAUCUCUCAAAAGUGCUAAACUAUAUCAAAUUUUUUUAUAAAGAGAUUUUUGGAUUGAUAUAAAUAAGCAUUUACUAUGUUGUAAGUCAUUCUAAUAUAUGUAAACCACAAUAUUUUUGUAAUGCAGUUCUUGAUAAAAUAUUAUAUAUUAAUUUUUUUCAUAGCUGCUAAUUUUUCAGCCAAAAGUAUUCUCAUUUUUAGGCUGUUUUUGUAUUAAAGGUUUUUUUCUUUCAAAAGUCCUUUAGUAAAGUUUUAAAUUCAGAUCAUUUUAAUUAGUCUCUUUUUUCUACUUGAUGUUUUCCAAUCUUUUUAAACAGAUGUAAUAACACAGAAUUGUUAAAAUUAAAUCUAAAAUUAAGUUAUAGACUUGAAGCAUUAUGGAGUUAAGCAUUAAAAUUGGAGACUAAAAUGUACAGAACAAGUUAUUCUUUAUGAACAAACCUUAAUGGAUAACUUUUUUUUCUAAAUGUCAAGUUAAAUUUAUCUGUACUCCAAACUAUUACUAAUAAAAAUUUAAAAUA